AUGCAGAUGCCAUCGUUGUCUGUGAUAGAGUCAUUCCCUACUCCAAACUACGUUGACCCCGCGGUCAGAGGUCCUGCCAACAUAAUUACUGUUUCAAUCUUCUUUCCCCUAGCCCUCCUGAUUGUGGGAAUCCGAACGUAUACCCGAACAUGUCUCUCCAAGAGCUUUGGUGCGGAUGACUGGUUUAUUCUCGCAGCUUUGCUUCCUACGACAGCAUUCGCAAUAAUGACUCUCCUGGCGGAGCUCCACUUCGGCUGGAACAGACACAUCUGGGACGUUCAACUUUCAACUAUAUCAACGGGCCUCAAAAUCAUUCUCUGCACCGAGGUUCUCUUUUGUCUUGCUACCUCACUCACCAAACUUUCCAUGCUCACUUUGAUAUACCGACUCGUAUCCCACAGUUCCAGUAUUAUAUCCAGGGUCAUCCUGGGUGCAAUUGUUCUUGUGUCUGCACAAGGAACGGCAUUUGUCUUCGCUGCAAUCUUUCAGUGUAGGACUCCGUCCCUGUAUUGGACUUUAUCUUUCAAGCCGCAGCCGGAAUGCAUAUCCGAAACGAAACUGCUGCUUGGUGCUGGUAUUGUUAAUACGAUUACUGACCUAGUCGUGGUUGUACUACCUGUGCCUAUAGUCUGGCACUUAAAGAUACCAUUCAAACAACAAGCGAUUCUCAUCACGCUUUUUGCAGUCGGUUUCUGCAUCACCUUGAUCGGCGCUGUGAGGACAUAUUACCUGUAUAAGGUGACUUCGCAGUGGGAUAAGACGUGGGAGGCGUAUCCUGUUUGGCUUACUAGUUCUUUGGAGCUCUAUGUUGGUAUUAUUUGUGCCUCUAUUCCAGCAACCAAGAGAUUCUUCACCCGACUUGGUCUCAGCUGGCUACGUUCUUCCACGGCCUCUCGUCCUCCCACUACAACUGUGCCAUCACAUCAUACCCAAGAAGAGCAUGAAAUCGGGGUUUUUCCACUGCAUGAAUACAGCGAUGACAAGAAGGAUGUCGAGACUCGCUCGGUGUCUGGCGCGGAGAGUGGAUCUAAGUAUAAGGUUCCCCACUUGGAGAGACCGCAGACGAGUUAUUCAAAGGAAACUGCGGUGGGUGGAAUAUCCGAAGUCAGAGAUUCAGACAGCCAGCAUUGUUUGGUAGAGAGGGAUUAUGAGGAAAGAGUCGACACGCCGAGCAGAUUUACUUGA